UUGUGGCAUGUGGGUUGAGAGCCUACAGUCAGAUUUAGCUACCACAUCUAUCCAUCCAGGACCAUUCACUACUGUCUCUCUGAUCUUAGUGAAGCUGGAAUUUGAUCAUAUGACCCACACCAGCUUGGGAGUACUUUUGUCUUCAUCACUCUUGCUUCUCUCUAUAUAAACAACAGCUUCAUGCUCUGCUUGAAUCAUCACUUCACCAAGUAGCUUUUGAGUACUCGUUGGCUUCUUUUGUUAUACUACUUUACAAUGGGUUCGAAAACUAUGCUCUUUCUGCUAGCCUCUUUUCUUGUACUUACUACAAGGGUUUCAUGUAAUGAUGAGGAAUUCUUGACUGAGGCUACUUAUGCCAAAGUCCUGGUGCCAGCCCCAGCUCACAGCCCAGUGAAAGCACCGGUUCCUGCUCAAGUCCCAGUCAAGGCACCGGCAACCAUUCCCCCGGUCAAGCCACCAGUACUUCCUGCUCCUCCAGUCAAUGAGCCACCAACUAAGCCCCCACCAAGGACAAGAAUAGAAUGCAUCCCCCUUUGUGUAGAGAGGUGCAAAUUACACUCAAGGAAGAGACUAUGCUUGAGGGCAUGCAUGACUUGCUGUGACCGAUGCAAAUGUGUUCCACCAGGAACAUAUGGCAAUCGAGAGCAGUGUGGUAAGUGCUACACUGACAUGACCACCCAUGGCGGCAAGUUCAAGUGCCCUUGAAGAAGAUCACUGUUGUUGUUACAUUGGUUGAAUAUGUAAUAAAUUUGAGAAGAGAAUGGAAGGAAAAUAUAUUGUUUUCCAUUGAUUAUGACUAGAGAUGCAACUAUUAGUGACAAAGAAGUGUUUGAGAAGAGAAAUAUAUUCCUAUGGUGGUGUGUACUGAAUUUUACCCUGCAAAUUUUAUUAAUAUUCACUUUA